CGAAUCGUACUGAGAAGAGCAUUUUAUUGGAAGAAAUCCAAAAAUAAAUUGCAAAUUCGUUUUCAUUCUGACGGAAUUGCGUAUUAAGUCGCAAAAACAUUUUGAUCUCAUAGCAUUUUUCACAUUGUGAAAUCGAGUUGGAAAAAAUUUUGAAGAAAAUAUUUUUGGAAUUUUUGCUGCUUUUAAAAAUAUUGCUGAAAAAAUUGCCUUCGUUUCGGAAUUCUUCAGAAUUCGAUUUCAUAAUAAUCAGAAUUAGUCAUGUCACAUAAUCAAUGGUUUAGAGAACAAAGAGGUGCAGUUGCAAACGUAAAUGCACAGAGCUCACCACGUCCUGACCCUAGCAGAGAAGAAUAUGGAAGACCGGUAGCAGGAAGUUUAACAGAAGCCCGUGGACAAAAAGCCAACAUCCAUAUAAUCAGAGAAAUGCUACAAUUGUGUGAAAUCAUUGAUACUGGAGGGUAUGUGCAUUGUGAAGAAACACCGGAGCUAAAAGUGAUGUUCUUCGGUGAAUUAUUCGACAUUUACGCGUCAAUAAAUAACAAGCUGGUUGGUUUACUUUUGAGAGCAAGAAAGCAGGGAUUCAUUGACUUUGAAGGCGAAAUGCUAUUCCAAAGAAGAGAUGACGAGGUGCCGAUUUUCAUGCUGAAAACUACCGAUGAAAUCAAAGCAAUUUUAAAUGAGAAAAUCGAAGGGAUACAACAAAAUGCAAGCGAAAAUCCGCAACCAACUGAUAUGUUGUUGAAAUGAAUUUAAAGAAAGAAAAUUUAUUUGAAUCUUGUCUAAUAAUUAGAUAAAUCUGAGGUCAGUGCACUUUAGACAAAAAAAAAUAAACUAAAAAAUUCAUUUUCAUCUAACAUUAAAUUUAUCACUCAAUCACUAAAGAAACCAUAUAUUCUUUUUUGAGUUGAGAAAAACUCAACUGUGGUGUUGUUUACUUAGUUCUCGUUGAUUUGGAAGGUCAUUUUACCGUUCAUACAAUCAUUUGUUCAAUGUUUACUGUAAAUAAAACUGAACGAUAUAAAUAAACGAUUUUGUUAUAAAUAAAUGUUUCUUGUGGUUUUGGCGUGAAUGCA